CGAGGGCCGAGCGCGGAGGCCGCGGGUCGUUUUCGGUCGCGAUGCCUUAUGCCAACCAGCCCACGGUGCGGAUCACCAGGCUCACGGACGAGAACGUUAAGUUCAUCAUCGAGAAUACGGACCUGGCAGUGGCCAAUUCCAUCCGCAGAGUCUUCAUCGCGGAGGUGCCCAUCAUAGCCAUAGACUGGGUCCAAAUCGAUGCCAACUCUUCAGUGCUGCAUGAUGAGUUCAUUGCCCACAGACUUGGAUUAAUCCCUCUUACAAGUGAUGACAUUGUAGACAAGUUGCAAAACUCCAGGGACUGUUCAUGUGAAGAAUUUUGUCCUGGGUGCUCAGUAGAGUUUACACUUGAUGUCCGUUGCAAUGAAGACCAGACUCGCCAUGUCACAUCUCGGGAUCUCAUUUCUAACACCCCCCGAGUUAUUCCAGUGACAUCCUGGAGUAGAGACAAUGACCCCAAUGACUAUGUGGAACAGGAUGACAUCCUCAUUGUCAAACUCCGGAAAGGCCAGGAGCUGAGACUACGAGCCUAUGCCAAAAAGGGCAUUGGCAAGGAGCAUGCCAAAUGGAACCCUACAGCUGGAGUGGCCUUUGAGUAUGACCCAGAUAAUGCUUUGAGGCAUACAGUCUACCCAAAGCCUGAAGAAUGGCCAAAGAGUGAAUAUUCUGAGAUUGACGAGGAUGAAGCUCAGGCUCCCUACGAUCCCAAUGGCAAACCAGAGAGGUUCUACUACAACGUGGAGUCCUGUGGCUCUCUUCGCCCUGAAACCAUUGUCCUCUCUGCUUUGUCUGGUUUGAAGAAGAAGUUGAGUGACCUCCAGACCCAGCUAACCCAUGAGAUCCAGAGUGAUGUCCUGACUAUAAACUAGCAGCAGUCAUUUCUGUCAGAAAUGGGACUCAAAUGGAU